CAUGUGUUUUGCUCAAAUAUGUUCGGAUCCACCAUCAUUAAGUUAUUGAGUGCUCUGAGCAACUUGGAUCCAUUGAGAGCGUUUCUGUAAGGACCAAAAGCGCACAGAGAUCUGAAGCUGAGUGGUCCUGACAGAACCCAAACUGAGCAGACAUGGCGACCUUUAGAUUUGGACAACAUAUCAUCAAAUCCUCUGUAAUCUUUCUCCAAACUGAACUAUCCUUUGCACUAGUGAAUAGGAAGCCAGUGGUUCCUGGACAUGUGUUAGUUUGUCCAAUCAGAUUAACUGAACGUUUUCGGGAUCUACAACCAGAUGAGUUGACAGACUUGUUUCAGACAAGCCAGAAAGUUGCAAAGGUUGUGGAGCAGCACUUCAAAGCAACAUCGCUGACCAUUGCCAUUCAGGAUGGACCUGAAGCUGGGCAGACUGUGAAACAUGUGCAUGUUCACAUUCUUCCAAGAAAGAAAGGAGAUUUUUCAAGAAAUGAUAAUGUCUACGAGGAGCUCCAGAAGCAUGACCAAGAGGCACUUGAAGAAUCACCCCAGUGGAGGACAGAGGAGGAGAUGGCAUCAGAGGCUGCUGAACUCAGAAAGUACUUCAUCUAGCUAACAACAACUACACCAAGAAUUUGGAAGGUUAAAUCAGUGCUUCUCCAGGAUUGUGUGUGGACGCAUCUCAACUACACAUAAUGAAACAAUACUUGAAGACCAGAUUUCCAGGACAUCAACCAAUCAUAUAUCUAAUGUCCUUUAAAAGCAGAGAUUCUUAAAAAGCUUUGACAAUGUAUCUUAUUAAAAUGUGACUCUUCCAUGUUGUACUGAAUUGCACAUCUAAUAAUUUAGUUAUUUUGAUUAAUAUAUAGUUUAUCAUUCAGUGGAAACUGUUUCAUUCAGUAUUGCAGAGCCAAUAUUGAUGCUCCUGAAUGCUAUUAAAGAAUUCUCUAAACAUGUAACAAUUUUCAAAUGAUCUUUGUCAUAAUUACAAAACAUAAAUCAAUGAGAAAUGUAUGUCAUAAAAAAAUGGCUGUUUUCCACUUUUUACACAGCACUGUGAAAAUAUAAACAUGAGUAAAAAUUGUGAAGCUUUUUUUUCUCACAACUACAUAUUUGGUGGAGGUAUGUAAUGGAGGAAUGUAUUCAGUCAGCUGAUUAAAUUAUUAACCUCACAGUAUACUUGGAUAUGAACAUCGUGAAAUGUUGCACAAGACAUUUUGUGAACAUUUUAUAAGUUCCACUUUAGUUAUUUU